CGCGCACCCCUAGGUGGGCGGGCAGCGCCGCUGCUAUGUUGGUGGCUGCGGCUGCUGAGCGAAACAAGGAACCCAUCCUGUGCGUGCUCCGCCAGUAUGUGGAUCCUGCCCAGCGCGGCGUUCGCGUGCUCGAGGUAGCCUCGGGCUCCGGACAGCACGCCGCACACUUUGCUCAGGCCUUCCCGAACGCCGAGUGGCAGCCGUCGGACGUGGACCAACGCUGCCUGGACAGCAUUGCCGCCACCACCCAAGCCCAAGGGUUGUCCAAUGUGAAGGCUCCGCUGUAUCUGGACGUGACCUGGGAGUGGGAGCAAUGGGGCGGGAUCCCACCGCGAUCGCUAGACCUGUUGCUCUGCAUCAAUAUGAUCCACAUCAGCCCCCUGAACUGCACCGAGGGGCUCUUCAGAGCAGCAGGACACCUGCUCAAAACCAAGGCAGUGCUGAUCACCUAUGGACCCUAUGCCGUCAAUGGGAAGAUCUCUCCCCAGAGCAACGUGGACUUUGACCUGACCCUCAGAUGCAGGAACCCAGAGUGGGGGCUUCGUGACACGGCCCUUCUGGAGGAACUAGGACAGGCCAGUGGCUUGGUCCUGGAAAGGAUGGUGGACAUGCCAGCCAACAACAAGUGCCUGAUUUUCCGGAAAGAAUAGCAUCUCUGUCAGAAGUUGUCAUGGUAUAAGCUAGACCUCAGCCCCUCCCUCGCUGGGUCAGUCCUUGGCAUAAAUUAGCCCCUCCUAGCCACUGGGCUGUAGAGAACCUGGUCCCAGUGGGCCUUAAAAUAAAGCCUUUCUAGCCCAC